AUGAACACUGAGACCUGCGUUUCAUACAGCGAUAUGACAUCCAUGGAUUCAUAUUAUAGCUCUUCUGCUGCGCAAGGUAGGGAUCACCAGACGGACCACUUUAGGACAUUCCCAGCUACUGAUACCAAAUACAGCCCCGCUGCCUUCCUGCCCAACAAAGGUCAGGGUUACGGAGAAAAGUCCAGGAGCCCCUUCCAACAGGAGUGCCAGUCAUUGGAUGCCGCCGCAGCUGGGCAAGGCACUUUCAGCAAAUACCACCUCUUCAUGCAGAGGUCUUCUUGCAAAACACCCCCCGAGGAGGACAAACUGCACCAGGAGAGGGGACACAACGGAGCGCUCAUCUCUUGCUACGGUAAAGACAGUUCUGGUCUGGCAGAUUCUGACUUGGCCCCAGACUCCGAGCCACCUGGAAUGGACACCAGAUACCUAGCUGUGAAGGAUCAGGGCGUCAAGGCGGCCUCUGAUAGGACGCCAGGCACUGACUUAGCGAGCCCUCUGGAAAAAGCUGAUGGUGGCGAAAGCAACAAAGGCAAAAAGAGGCGCAACCGCACGACCUUCACGAGCUACCAACUGGAAGAACUAGAGAAGGUUUUCCAGAAGACACACUAUCCUGAUGUUUAUGCUCGAGAGCAGCUCGCGCUCAGGACGGACCUGACUGAAGCCCGCGUGCAGGUGUGGUUCCAGAACAGGAGAGCGAAAUGGCGAAAGAGGGAACGCUUUGGCCAGAUGCAGCAGGUCCGAACACACUUCUCCACAGCAUACGAGCUGCCUCUCCUGACUCAUCCUGAAAACUAUGCUCAGAUCCAGAACCCUUCCUGGAUCGGCGGCAGCAGCGCUGCGUCUCCUGUGCCGGGCUGCGUUGUGCCCUGCGACACAGUGACUCCGUGCAUGACACCUCACCCCCACUCUGCCAGCGGGGUGUCUGAUUUUCUGGGAGUACCGAGUCCCGCAGGUCACGUGGGGCAGGCUCACAUGGGCAGCCUGUUUGGAGGAUCUCCUGGCAUGGCUGGAGGCAUCAACACUUACGAUCUCAACAUGGACCCCGACCGCAAGUCCUCCAGCAUCGCCGCUUUGCGCAUGAAAGCCAAAGAGCACAGUGCAGCCAUAUCUUGGGCCACAUGAUGUGUUGACACAUGCUGGAUGACGGGGGACCUUGUUGACCCCUGAAAAGUCUAAACAAUCCCAGAAUGGAGUAAGGGGUGGCACUAAAAUCAAGGCAACAGUGGCUACCUUCAAAAAUGCUGCAAUCAAAUUAGGUGGGGGAAAAAAAAGAGAGAUAAAGAUUUGGCAAAAUCGGCAGUGCCAUGUUUUUGGUGGCACAGCAGUGAGUGCUGUGGAAGCCCAGUGAGAAGGUGAAGGUGUGCUGUAUAACAGGAGUUGCAGUGUAGUGCUGAAGAUAGGCAAAUAUAUAUAUAUAUAUAUAUAAAAAAAAGAUGCUAGAAAAAGUUCAA